AUGGUGAAUUUUCGUGAAUUUUCUGUACCAGAGAACGUAUGCUUGGGUGACGAAAGAGUUGUAUUCGAACAAGGUACAGGGUCAGUUUGGGUUAAGGUCAAAGUCGAAGGGAAAUGGAAGCCUGUUGAAUUGGCCGAAGUGCUGUUCGUUCCAGAUUUGGCAAAGAAUUUGCUCUCAAUCAGUGCAAUUGUCACAAGGAAUUUGUCAGUGGUUUUCAACGAGGACAAAUGUCUAAUCCUAAAUAGUGAUGGAGAAACCUUGGGUUUAGGAAGAAAAGACAGAAAGUUGUUUAUUCUUGACUGUCUACCAAUGAAUGAAUUAGCACAUGAAGCUAACAGUGCAGCUGAUACCUUGCAUCAGAGUUUUGGCCAUUUAGGAGUGAAGAAUUUGAAAACUUUACAACAUAAGGAGCUAGUUGAGGGAGUGAAGUUCAAUGAUUCAAGAUAUAUGCAGUUUUUUUAG